UGCAGGGGCAGGGAAACAAAACCACUGCGGCUUUAUCCGCCACCAGCGGCAGGAGCGGGCAAUAUUUCAAAGGCCGUAGCCCCGUAUAGGCCUGCCUCUCGUCUGCGCCCUACUCCCCACCACUUCCCUCCCUUCCCCGCCUACAAGCAAGCCGCCCCAGCCAUUCAUGGCCAUCACCACCACCAUGUGUCGCCGCCACUCCACCUCCACCUCCCACCCACUCCUCUCACCGCACCACUAAACCCGCCUCCCUCGCUCCUCACCCGCUCCCUGUCCGUCCAUCCAUCGCCUCGCCGCCGCUCUGCUGCCGUUUGCUCCAGCUGCGGCCGACGGGGGCCAUGGCGGGCAUCGACCUCAACACCGUGGAGGAGGAGGACGAGGAGGAGGCGGAGGCGCUGCCUUUGCCCGGACCCGGUGGCCGUGGCGCCGUGUGCCUGGAGCUGUGGCACGCGUGCGCGGGCCCCGUCCCGCCGCUGCCGCGGAAGGGCAGCGCCGUCGUGUACCUGCCGCAGGGCCACCUCGAGCACAUCGGCGGCGACGCGGCGCGAGGAGCAGCAGCUUCGGCGGUGCCGCCGCACGUGCUCUGCCGCGUCGUCGACGUCACCCUCCACGUGAGCUCGUGCGGCGCGCGCGCGCGCGAGCGCAAUGUGCUCGAGCUAUUGGCUGACAAGAGAAACCUGCCCUGUUCCGUGCAGGCGGACGGCGCGACAGACGAGGUGUACGCGCGGGUGUCGCUGCUGCCCGAGGACGAGGACGCGGAGAAGCGGGCGCAGGCGCAGGCGCGGGUCCGGGAGGACGAGGACCGCCGCGACGGCGAGGACGGCGGCGCCAUGAGGCCGCUCGCACGGACGCCGCACAUGUUCUGCAAGACGCUCACGGCAUCCGAUACCAGCACGCACGGCGGUUUCUCAGUGCCGCGCCGCGCCGCCGAGGACUGCUUCCCGCCGCUGGACUACAGCCAGCAGAGGCCGUCUCAGGAGCUCGUGGCCAAGGAUCUACACGGCACGGAGUGGAAGUUCCGGCAUAUCUAUCGAGGUCAGCCACGAAGGCAUCUCUUAACCACUGGAUGGAGUGCAUUUGUUAAUAGGAAGAAGCUCAUUUCUGGAGAUGCAGUUCUCUUCCUUCGAGGCGAAGAUGGAGUGCUUCGACUGGGAGUGCGCCGAGCAGCCCAGCUAAAAAUUGUAACUCCUAUUCCUGCACCUCAUAACCAGUGCUCAAGUAAUAGCAAUCUUGGAAACGUUGCACAAGCUGUGGCCACGAAGACUGUUUUCCACAUCUACUACAAUCCCAGGUUAACUCAAUCUGAAUUCAUUGUACCCUAUUGGAAGUUCACAAGAAGCUUCAAUCAACCAAUUUCUGUUGGAAUGAGGUGCAGAAUGCGAUAUGAAAGUGACGAUGCUUCUGAAAGAAGGUGCACUGGUAUAAUAAUUGGAAGCAGAGAAGCUGAUCCUAUAUGGUAUGGUUCGAAAUGGAAAUGCUUGGUGGUUAGAUGGGAUGAUGGUAUAGAGUGCCGUUGGCCCAAUAGGGUAUCUCCUUGGGAGAUUGAGCUCACAGGAUCUGUUUCAGGAUCUCAAAUGUGCGCUCCCAGUUCAAAACGUCUGAAACCAUGCCUCCCCCAAGUUAAUCCGGAGAUUGUGCUUCCAAAUGGAAGUGUUUCUUCAGAUUUUGCGGGAUCUGCCAGAUUCCACAAGGUCUUGCAAGGUCAAGAAUUGUUGGGUUUCAAAACCCAUGAUGGUCCUGCUAUUUCUGCUUCUCAGGCAACUGAAGCAAGAAAUUUGCAGUACAGUGAUGAACGGAGUAACAAUAACUUAGGGAUCCCAAGACUUGGUGUUAGGUCUCCAACUGGAAUCCCUGGGUUUCCCUACCAUUGCUCAGGCUUUGGGGAAUCUCAAAGAUUCCAAAAGGUCUUGCAAGGUCAAGAAGUGUUUCAUCCUUUCCGAGGAGGAUGUUUGGCUGAUGGCCAUAUAAGAACUGCUGGCAUGUAUCAACCUGACGGUAGGCAUGUAUCUGGUGCAGCUUAUAAAUGGUCUGCACCACAAGGGUAUGAUUUCCCACAGCCAGCAAAACCGGUUUUUCUGUUGCAAGAAUCAUCCCCAUCAUCUGUGAUGAUGUUUCCACAAACUAGAUCUAAGAUAACUCACUUGGAAUAUGAGUACUCAAGACAUGAGGAUGGUAGACUUGAUAGGACUGUUCCUACUCAAGACAUGGGAAGAAGCAAUCAAACAUUAUCUCUUUGGCCUCAUCUUGUUUCAGGCGAAGCAAUAGAAGAAUGUACUGGAACUGUGAAUAUGCACUCCCCCGUCAGUGGUGCAGAGCAUGAAUCAAACAAUGAGAGUACAGUUGAAAAUGGCUGCAAAAUCUUUGGUAUCUCAUUGGCUGAAAAGAUCCGAUCAUGCGAUGAAGCAGACUCUUGUAGUGCAAAAUGUAAUUCUCGGCUCCAGCCUUUGAAGUCACAAAUGCCAAAAUCGCUAGGCAGCUGUUGGGCCACUGUUCACGAGCAAAGGCCUGUUGUUGGCAGGGUGGUUGACGUCUCGGCGACAGAUAUGUGAUCUGAUCCACAUGGCAUAUCCUUGUAGAAUAUGCAGGAAGGACUACCGAGUGCAACUUUCAUGGCCUGAACCACAUCCUGGAUGAAAGAUUGCUGAAGGUGACCUUAUGAUUCUUGAAACAGGGAUGUUUGACAAAUUUGUAAUGUACUUUUGGGCUUUAAGUAUCUUAUUAUCUUAAGCUACCUAGUAAUCAGCACUUGUACCUUAAGGUGUGCGUUAUGGCAAGUUCUUUUAGAGGGCUUGUUUGGACUAGCACCAUCUCCCAAGUACUCGUUGCAUUGUUUCUUUGCCCCGGGAAACAAGUCCGUUUUGGAAGUUCGGCUCCAGUCCUGUUGGUACCAUUUGUUGCAUCGUGUGUGCUUGUACAAUUGCACAUCUCAAGCGGUAAAGCAUGAUUUGACCAGCUA